UGUUUUUCUUUUGUUGUUAAUUCGAUGUCUCAAGAUACAUAUGAUGUAUGGCCCUUCCCAUUAUUCUUUAUUUUGAUCGAUUAUAUGUCGUGCAAUUAGAGGAAUAAUAAGUAACUUAUCUCCUGGACAAAGCACCAGUAUUUCCGAUCAGUGCCAGGAGGAGCAAGGGCGCGUUUAUAUAGUAGAUUUCACACCUACUUGCUUGGUUAGUUACUCAAAAUGGGAGAGUAAUAAUUCGUUUAGAAUACUCAAAUCGCGUUAUGUGAAAAGGAAUGUAUGAAUUAACACUUGUCAAAGUUAUGGAAUGACGAGGACUUUUUAAAAUAAAUGUUGAAAAUCUGAAGCAAGGGAAUUUUGAAUUUUGAGAGAUUCAGUGUGUGAGACCCUAUGUUCAACAAAAUCAAACAAAACAUCCUGUUUGAUAGUGAAUGAAGGAAUGCAGAGUGUGAAAUUGCCGAGGGAGUUAAAAUAAAGCGCACUUUCCUAACUUCUUGUUUCUGGAGAUUUGAUUGAUAAGAGGUGUACUGAACUUUGAUGUUAGAAGGAAAACUGCCGGGCAUGGUGGUGCACGCCUGUAAUCUUGGCACUGGGAAGGUAGAGGCAGAAAACACAUUUUCACAGUUUGUCCUCUUGAGGGGAGUGUGCCCCUUACGUGCAGUGUGACUUCUUUUCCAAGACAGCUCCUUCCUUUACCUUCUCUUUCAGUUGAGGCAAACUGGGCUUUUGUCUGUUUAUUGUUGUUGGUUAUUACGUUCUUCUCUGGGUGUGGAGAUUGUGUUCUGUGUCUUGGCUACAACCAGGAUUGUCAGAUAAAAUACAGGAUUCACAACUAAAUAUGAACUUCAGAUAAAUACAAAAUAUGUGAACAUACCUAAACCAAAAACAAACUUAUCAUUUAUUUGAGAACGAGGUUUAACUGUUUACUUGCUUCUUGUUGCUAAGUGUGACUGUUUUAAGUCCAGCAUAUUUGUCUCAUUUAAACUAGCACUAGGACAAAAAUUAGCUCAAGGCCCAGAAAGGAUGGAAUAGGUGGAUUCCCUUGUUAAGCUUCCUUGUUGGGGGCUGCAGAGGUGGGUCUGUCGCAGGGGGAUUGCAUAGCACACAGGGGGCUUUUGUCCAGUCUCCAAUACCAAAACAACCAACCAGUAGUGGAAAGUGAAGAGCCCUCUUUUUUUUUUUUUUCCAUCUUUAUUAACUUGAGUAUUUCUUAUUUACAUUUCAAUUGUUAUUCCCUUUUCCCGGUUUCCGGACCAACGUCCCCCUAACCCCUCCCUCUCCCCUUCUUUAUGGGUGUUCCCCUCCCCAUCCUACCCCCCAUUACCGCCCUCCCCACAACAAUCACGUUCACUGGGGGUUCAGUCUUGGCAGGACUAAGGGCUUCCCCUUCCACUGGUGCGUGAAGAGCCCUCUUUACUGUCAGGUGAACCAUCUACUUGAAGGCAUCUUCUGUCACAGGGGGUUCUGUCCCUCUCUUUCCUUUACCAUGUUCUGUUUCUUCACUUUUCUUUCUGAGGAGUGAACAUAGAUAGGGUCUCACACAAAUCAGGUAACUGCUCUGCCACUGGUCUGCAUCCCACAGCCAGUUGUUUUUAAUUUCAUACAUGAGUACUGUAUGGACAUCAUCUCUCUCCAUUUCUCCCUGUGUCCCCACAACUCCCUCUGAAACGCAUGGCCUCUUAGCUUCUUACUCUUUAUUAUUGUUUUACACAGACACACACACACACACACACACUUACUUUUGAAUACAACAUGUUGUCCCGUUAGUGGUGUGUGUGUGUGUGUGUGCGUGUGUGUGUGUAUGUGUGUGUGUGUGAGGGAACUUAUCCCUGGAGAAGAUUGAUUUGCUCUCCGCAGCCAUUAAUUCCCUGUAGCUCUUUUCCCAAGGGUAGGGCCUUGUGAGAUUUCCCUCAUCCACAUUGUCAUGUCCAAAGGUGGUGUCAUUGUUCAGGGCUUCCUUGGGAAACAAUAUUGGUGAGAUUUUGUGGCUGCAGCUUCCCCGUCAUAUACAGAAGACGCUUAUCUUGUAGCCGACUUCCUGUCCUGGGUAUCUGCCUCCUCCAUCUUCGCCCUCUCCCUGUCUUGUUCCUGAUGUUCCCUGAGUCACAGUGGCUGUGCUGUAGAUAUAUCAGUUAGGGCUGUUCACCCAGCAGUCAGUUGUUCUCUGCAUUUUGCUCACCUUGUGGCUUUCUGUAAUGGUUCCUGUCCGUCAGAGAAAGAAGCUGCUUUGAUAAGGAGUGAGACCUAUGCUUACCUGUGUGUAUGAGGGUAAGUGUUUACAAUGCAGUUAGAAAUUAUACUGAUUUACUAAAGUAGGUUCUUCUCUUGGAUCGAUGUAGACCUCACCAGUCACGGAGUUGGCUAGAUUUUUGUCACUCCUCUUCUAUUGAGCUGGCUUUAAGUCCAAUUAGAUGGCUGUUACUUCAGCAUCUAAGUGCUGGUUUCUUAGUUACUUUGCUAUUGCUGUUAAGAGACAUAAUGGCCAAGGCAGCUGGGGGCUUGCUUACAGUUUCAGAGGGUGUUUAUGACCAUCAUGGUGGGGAGACUGGCAGUAGCUGAGAGCUUACAUCUGAUCCACAAGCACGAGGCGUAGGUGGUGGAGGGUGGGGAUGGAGGCGGUGGGGGAUAGGCAGACUGGUGUGGAUCUUUGAAACCUCAGAGUCCACUCCCAGUGACACAAUUCUUCCCUAAUCCUUCCCAAAAGAGUUCCACAACUAGGGACCAAACAUUCUAAUCUAUGAGCCUCUGGGGUCAUUCUCAUUGAAACCACCACACCUCUGUUGCACCUUUUGGAAUAUCUUGCCUUUCUGAUCAUUGCUGUGGUUUGUAGGUGGUACAGGUGGUACAGCUGCAUAGGACUUCUGGGUCAUUUUUUUUUUUUUUCUGGAGCUGAGGACCGAACCCAGGGCCUCGCGCUUGCUUGGCAAGUGCUCUACCACUGAGCUAAAUCCCCAACCCCGUCAUUUUUGUUUCUUAAUUCACUCAACAAACCUGUGUCUUUCUUUUUUUUUUUUCGGAGCUGGGGACCGAACCCAGGGCCUUCCGCUUGCUAGGCAAGCGCUCUACCACUGAGCUAAAUCCCCAACCCCAAACCUGUGUCUUUCAAUUGGGAACUGUGGUUACUAAUAUAGAAAGUUACUAUUUAAAGGUGUUUGUUGAUGACCGUCAUUUUGGGGAGGGUUGUUCAUUUGCUUUAUUUAUGUCUUAGUCUUAUUUUGUGUUUUAGUAUUACAGCUUCAUUUGUUUUCUUUGUAUAUUCUUUUGGAUGUGCUUAUUCAGUCCUAAGUAUUGCUUCUAGUAUAUUCUAGGGCUGCUUUUUUGGAAAUGAGUCUAUUAUUUUAUGUGUGUAAGUGUUUGCUGCAUGUAUGUGUACUGCAUAUGUGCCUGGUGCCUGCAGAGGCCAGAGAGUGCAUUGGAUCCCUUACAAUUAGAGUUACAGGCUAUGAGUCCUCAUGUGUGUGCCCGAAAUUGAACUGAGAUCUUCUGGAAGAGCAUCCAGUUCUUAACUGUUGGGCCAUCUCCUCCACCUUGGAAGUAAUUUCUUUCUUUCUUUCUUUCUUUCUUUCUUUCUUUCUUUCUUUCUUUCUUUCUUUCUUUCUUUCUUUCUUUCUUCCUAUCCUUUUUUUUUUUCAGAGCUGGGGACCGAACCCAGGGCUUUGCGCUUGCUAGGCAAGCACUCUACCACUGAGCCAAAUCCCCAACCCCGGAAGUAAUUUCUUUAAGCCUAUUUGUAUAGUGGGAAGUUUUUCUUUGUCCUUCAUCCCCAACAGUUUCCCUGGGCACAGUAGUCUAGGUUGUCACCCAUGGUCUAGUAGAACUUGAAGUGCAUUGCUCUAGGCUCUGGUGGCUUUGGAAAUUUUCCAUUAGAAUUCAACAGUUGCUCUGAUGGGUUUUCCUUUACGUGUGAUCUGUGCUUUCUCCCCUUCUCUCUCCCAGAACUCUCUUCUUGUAAUGUCAAUUAAAUACUUUUUCUACAAUCUACUGCGAGAAGUUUCUUUUUGGGUCAUGUCUAUUUGGUUUGAGUUUGUCUUUCCUCAAUUUGGGGACGUUUGUUUUGUGGUCUUGUUGAAGAUCUGCUCUGUGUAGUUGAUCUGGAAUUUUUGUCUUCAUCUAUGCCUGUAGACUUUUGAAGAUGACUUUUCAAGGUGUCCAGCUGUUUUACGUGCUCUCUUCAUCUGUUUUUUAAAAAACUUUUCAUAGUGUUUGCUUGAGUAGUUCAAAUCGUCUAUAUCUUCAAGCCUGGGCAGCCGACUUCUAUUUGAACCCCUCUACUUCCUGGGCUUUCCCCUGAGUUCUGAGUCAUGUCACUGAGUUUCACUUUAGCUCUGUUCUCUUCAGCAUUUUUACUUCUUCACUGAAUCCAGUUUUUAAAUCCUGAAUUGUCACUGUCAUUUCAUUCAGUCAUAUAUUUGUUUUCUUGACUGUCAAUCUGGCAUAUAUUAGAGUCCUUGUUAAACUCAUGGAGCAGCCCCUCCCCAUCCUUUUUAAAUUCCUUUACAUGUUUGAUAAACUUUGUGAUUAUUCUUUUAAAUUCUGUCCUGUAGUCCAGCUAGGUAAUUCUCACUGGCUAUCUCCAUCCAUCCAUCUAUCAAUCCAUCGAUCCAUCCAUCCAUCGAUCCAUCCAUCCAUCCAUCUAUCUAUCUCCAUCCCAUUUAUGUAUAUAUAGAUAUAUGUGUGUAGAUAUAUAUGUAUGUACACAUAUACACUCACAUACAUAUGAGGGAGGACAUAAUGUCUUGGCCUUUCAUAUUGUUUGUGUUUAUGACCUGAGCACCCGAGCAUGUAGACUUUUUUUUUUUUUUUUUUUUUUUUUUAGCUUGUAUGUCUGAUGUGAGAUUGUAGCUUGAUGCAGAAGCUGGUUGAGUGGAGCUGUACCAGGGACAGCCAGUGCUUCUUAUAUUUUUGGUUGUGAGCCUAGCCUUUCACGGCUGAGCCAUCUCUCCAGCCCCAGCCAGUGCUUCUUGAUUGCUGAGUUGUGCUUCAGGCAAUUGGACUGUUUCACUUUCCUAUUAGCAGUGUCAGAAAGUUCCUGUUCGUCUGCCUGUAUGCUCAUGAGUGUUUGGUAUGAGAAAAAUCAAUUAUCCAAUGAAGGUCCAGUAUCGGUGUGUCUAAAGAACUCUUCUUACAUCAGCCAGACAGCAGUAAGUACGUUAUAUGCCCUGAUUCUACCACUUGAUGCCAACCUGACAAUGUAAAGAGAAAGCUCAACUAAAGAGCUCGCAGAGGGUUUAAGUGGGUGUUUCUUCAGACAAACAACUGACAGUAAACACAGGAGCAAGGAUGCUGAAGGAAAACACGGAGAUCACAGGGAAGAGCUAGGAGGUAAUCAGAAGUCUGACUUAGGUCGCAAUCGCAAAGCCAAGAGUUCAAUCCCACCCCAUCACACUUACUAGAAUUACUAAAUUUUUAAAAAGGUAGAUAUAAAAAGUGUUGGUGUGGCUGUGAGGAAUUGGACUCUCCAUGUCCAGUCAAGAGAGAAUGUGCAACGGGGGCAGUUUCUCCAGUGCUUACAUAGUGAUUCACCAUGACAUUACAGUUGCACUUCCAGGUAAUAUGCCUGUGAAGAACACAAAUAUGACCACGCCAAACCUUACACAUAAACCUGUGUAAGCUCAAAUGGAGAAGCAACUCAAAUUACUAGCUCAAUGGCAACCUGGUCUCAUAGUAAAACCUCAUCUCGAAGAAGACAUUGCGGUAAGAUGGUGUGGAAACUUAAAUACAUAACUCACUCCUGUCUUGCUCUAUUGGUAGGCAUCUAGUAUGCUUCAGUUUUUCCUUCAUGUAGUGUUUCAUGACCAUUCUUGUAUGUUGAUAUUUACACAUUCAUGGGAUGAUUAUUACACUGUAGAGCCCAGGAAGUAGGACUGUAGAGGAUUUGUAUCGGGUAGUGGAGCUGUUUGCCUUUAGUGAGGUUCCGCUUCCAUUAAUGAAAUGUGGGUGCUUGUGCAUCAUGUUUGAAUUUUCAUGCCGGAGGACUUGGCCAUCAUAAAAUCUUCAGUUACCUUUCCUCUACUCUGAAGUUUCAGUAUAAUCCUAUUUUUAGUGAAAUCAAUAAUUAAUAUUUAAUCAGUGAUCCAUUGUUGAAUCACAGAGUCACUUAGGAGUCUGUGACUCUACUCCAUUUUAUUUAAAAAAUUUUAGUUAUCCAAUUUUCUCUCAAUUUAAUUCUUCAAGUACACAUUUCUAUUUUUCCCUGAUGUCAAAAGUUUGUCAUUGUUUCAUCAUCUCUGUGCUUUUCUGGGGAAAUCUUUCCCCAUCCUAGACCAAUGAAAUAGGAACACAGUGAUUUGUUUUUACCCAAAAGUUCGAAAAAUAUAUGUUAUAUGGUAUUAGAGCAACAAUAGCAGCAACUGCAUAUUUUUGUAAUGCAAAAUCCAACAGGAGUUUGUAUUAUCUCCUUCGUUUGUAGCUAUGCCAAGGUGGCAGAGAGUUAAGAGAAGGUUUCGGGUGAAUGUGGAAACAUUCCAAGCCAGACCUGAAAGUGGCUGACCUCACUCACCUACAGUGUGGUGACCAGGAUUUAGCCACAUGACAUCUAACAUGAUUGGAAGAAGAUGGGAAGGUGCAAUCUUAUUGAUUGCUCAGGAAUGGUCAACUGUAGUGAGUGGGAAGCAGUGACCCCAGCUUUUCCACUCCUCAGACGAUUUCAUUCUUCCUGGGACUCACAGCACACAAUAUUCUGUGUGAAGAAGGCCGCCCAGACGCCCUUCCAGUCAUGGCUGUCAGUUCAAAGUACAGAUCUCUAGAAAGAUCUGUACUUUGUUCAUGGCUGUCAGUUCAAAGUGCAGAUCUCUGUCUUAGAAGAACCUCUAGGAAAUGCUUGAGACUAUGAAAAACUGUCUUUAACUAGGCCUCUCUCUGUGCCCCAUGCUAUAGCUGACUUAUUUUAAGUAAAUACUUUAAAGAAUUACUAAGAGCCUUAAGUUUAACCCUGUUGUAACAGUUGUAGGGAUGUUCUAGGACUUAGCCAGAUAGAACAUGGGCUUGGAAGGGUGACUAAUGUCACUGGUCACUGCGAUUUUACCACAUCACCUCUGACCUGGGUCUGUCAGUGACAUGGGGACUAUACUCCUUCCAUAGUGUCCUUGUGGAAUUAACUGAGUUACCAUAGGCCAGAAUCUAUGAUACAGAGCACACACUUGCUAUUGACACUUGACCUAGGAAUUUAUUGUUGUGAGGAGUAAUUAUAAAAAUGCAAUUUAUCACAAAAUGAGGUUUUAAAAAACUUACCAACUUUUUAAAAAAACAUUACCACAAAACUGUAAGAAGCUGCAGUCCUGUUACAUAGUAUUUUACUGUUUGGUACAACUCUGAGGGCAGGACCCAGAAUCUCCAGUUGACCUACAGCUUUCCCAAGUAGCUGGCUGUGCAUUGGCAGGGCCUCGCUUUUCUUUCUGACUCAUUGUGUAUGUGCACCUGUGUAUAUACCUAUGUGUGUACCUCUGUGUGUCUCUGUGUUGUGCCUAUGUGUGUGUGUCUGUAUGUGUACACCUCUGUGUGUGUGUGUGUGUGUGUGUGUGUGUGUGUGUGUGUGUACCAGGGUACUCUUGUGGAGGUAAGAGGAUAGUUCUCAUACUAUGUCAGUCCUGAGGAUCAAACUUGAUGCUCUUGUCAUCCAUUCAUAAUUAUAUGACAUAGAAGUCUAGGUAUAACACUUUUCAGGACAAAAGCACAUCUCACAGCCUAGAGAAGAGAAAAGGCUAGGAUUGGAAGAUCAGAUGAUGUGAGAGAAACUUCAGGGCUGAUGUACUGGGAAUCAUUAAACUUUGUUCAUAUAUUCAGAUCGAGGGCGUCUCUAUUGAUUCUUCACCAUGGACACAUUUCUGUGUUUUUGUGUUUUAGCUGUGCUGGAGAUUGGACUCCUGGCCUCAAGCUUGUGAAACAAGCACUUACUCUACCAACUAUUAUAGUCCCAGCUUCAUGUUUUAUUGCUUUUUUUCUUUUUUAAAGACAGGAUGGAGUUUUGUAGCCUCUUCUGUUCUUGAACUCCUGCCUCAGUGUCCCACUGCUAGGACUGAUGUAUAUCCUACCUUGCUGACUUUAAGAGGCAAGUUUCUAAUGGUUCUCCCUGUGUGGUGUUGAAAUGAGCCACUUUAAGCUGCAAGUACUCCCCAACACUGGGGACAAAAGUCAAGUUAGACAUGGAAAUGAUGUUUGGGAGGUAGAUCAGAGUUAUUCACGUCUUAACCAGUCUGAGUACUAAAGGCCUUCCCCGCCAUCUGACCUUCAUCAGAGGAAAUUAUGACUCAAUAAAAACAAAAUAAGGAGGACCUGCUUUGUGAGUCAGUGGUCAUGAGGUUAGUUAACUAACUAUGACAGUGUCACUGUGUUCUUGACUGCUUUCUUGCUUCUAUCUGGAUUGGGUGGAAGUUCAGGCUGAGUGUUAUGUUACCAGCUUUUACAGUUCCACUCCUGUAGAUCUUCUGUCCCUUUUAAUGAUUCUUCUGGGAACAGCAUUGUUACUUUCUUCUUGGCUGGCCUUCAUUACUUGCCACCUUUCUCCUGACUGACCAAAGCUGGGCUUUUCCUUCUGUCCUGAUGAGAUACUCAGCUCAACUUGUCAUCAUUUUGUGGGUCUUUGCCAGCUCUGCCAGAGGUCGGCCUGGGCAGUUUUGAUAGUUGUUAUCUGCUCACUCUUGCUGCUCGGAAGCAGCAUUUGAAGAAACACAAGAUAAUGACAAGAGAAGGCGUACAUACCACUCUCGUGUUUCCCAUGCCUGAGGAGAAUUUUGGUAUCCAGAGGGACAGUUCUCCCACUCUGUUGUAGCAUCUGAUUUAGAGGUGUGUGUGUGUGUGUGUGUGUGUGUGUGUGUGUGUGUGUGUGUGUGUGUGUGUGUGUUAGAGGUCCUAAACUACACAGCUGUCCUAACCCUGCACUGUCUUUUCCCUGAUGAACUGGAAUUGGAUAUUGCUAUGAUAGUAACUUUUCUUUGUGUGGGGAGCUUCCUUGUGCACUGGAGGACGUCAGUAGCAUCCCUGGCCCCUUAUUAAAUGCCAGUAGCACUUACGAAGCAGUGGCGAGCAGAGAUGCACCGCCCCCAUGACUGCUAUUGAAGACCACUGAGGUACCGAUGCCCACUCCCAUCCUCCGCCUCUGCUAGAUUAAGUCACCCUACUCCUUGUCUGGGCGUCAGUGUUCCCAGCCUCGCUCCUCUCCUCUGACCACUGUGCUCUGCUAGUGAGGCGGAAGUGUACAGUGGAACUGAGACUCAGAGGCAGGGCAGAGCUGGCACGGAUGGGUGUGUUUUGGGUGGUGGCUAGUGAUUAGAAGGUUAAAUGUCUUUUGAUAUGAAAGUGAGCAGAUGACACUUCACAGAACAUAAUUAGCUUGAAGUCAAUGGCCCAAAAUGACUCUGCUAGUGGAGACUCACUUCCGUAAGGAGGAAAACCAGGUCAGAGGUUGGGAUGAGCAUGCCACUGCACCAGAUCUCUGCCAUCCCUUCUCAGGAUGCCAUUUCUGCUAGAGUCUACAGGAGCAAGACCAAAGAUAAGGAGCAGAAUGAGAAGACUUUGGGACAUUCCAUGAGUCAUCCAAGCAACAUUUCUAAGGCUGGGAGUAGUCCUCCAUCCACGACCGCUCCAGUGUCUGCCUUCUCUCGCACUUCUGUAACACCAUCCAACCAGGACAUCUGCAGUUCCAGUGCAGUGUUUUCUGAGUGUUGUCACUACAGUCCCGUGCAGUCUGCUGUUGUCUUGAAAGCUCCUCCAUGCCAGAGUUCUCUGACACAAGGGCUCACUGUGACAGUUAUCUGUAAAGACACAUUACAGGCAUCACAGAAAAAUCCCUUUGGUUCAGACUGGGACCAAGUCUUGAGGCCUGCUAAAAAUACCAAGGCCAGAAGAGCACUCAGAUUCUCAAAGUCACUAAGUGAUGUGGGUGAGAAGACCCAGGAUACUUUGGAAAGCUUUGACUAUAUGGAAAGAACUUGUUCUGAAGGGAAAUUGGUGCUUCCUCAAGGUCCAUCUCUCAAAAAGAACAGGCUCCAUCAUAAAGACAAAGGAGCAGAGCACUGCCCACCCCUCAGCCAUUCCAAACACUCUCCUAUCUUAUCCCUUGCUACCAACCAUUCAGCUGUCUCAAAGAGGGAAGCUGGCAAGGGAAGCGUGCGCAUCCCACUUUUGGAGGAGAAAGCUGAUGGUGAGGCCAGGUUGAGAAGCCAGCGACUGCUCCGGUACCUGUUCUCACUCUCCCGUGGCUCAAGUGCCAGCAGCCUACCUAGGUUCCAUGAGCUGGAGAACCAUGCCAGCCGUCUGCACACUGCCAAGUCGUCCAGCUGGCUGGCAGGGAGCAUGGGUUUCUGUUCCGAUGAAAUGGGAGACGACGACGUCUUUGAGGAUGCAUCAUCUGCCAAAUUGAAGAACAGGGUCCUGCGUGCGCCCCUGUGCUCAGUAGAGAAGGAUAGUGACCUGGAUUGUCCUUCUGUGCUCUCUGAAAAAUGCACUCCUAUCUCUCCUGUGUCUACUUCAGGGGAUGCCUGCAGGAUCUGCCACUGUGAAGGCGAUGACGAGAGCCCUCUGAUCACCCCCUGUCACUGUACAGGGAGCCUACACUUUGUGCAUCAGGCUUGCCUGCAGCAGUGGAUUAAGAGUUCUGACACACGCUGCUGUGAACUCUGCAAAUACGAGUUCAUCAUGGAGACCAAGCUGAAACCUUUGAGGAAAUGGGAGAAGUUGCAGAUGACGGCCAGUGAGCGCAGGAAGAUCAUGUGCUCAGUGACGUUCCAUGUCAUUGCCAUCACCUGUGUGGUCUGGUCCUUGUAUGUACUCAUUGACCGCACAGCAGAGGAGAUCAAGCAGGGUCAGGUGACAGGAAUCCUAGAGUGGCCUUUCUGGACUAAGCUGGUAGUUGUGGCCAUCGGCUUCACCGGAGGACUUCUCUUUAUGUAUGUCCAAUGCAAGGUGUACCUACAGUUAUGGAAAAGACUCAAGGCUUACAAUAGAGUGAUCUAUGUUCAAAACUGUCCAGAAACAAGUAAAAAGAAUAUUUUUGAAAAGUCUGCACUAACAGAGCCCACCCUUGAAAAUAAAGAAGGACAUGGAAUGUGUCAUUCCACCACAAAUUCUUCUUGCACAGAGCCUGAAGACACUGGAGCAGAAAUUAUUAACGUCUGACCAUGUGGAGGGUGCCAUUUCCUUAGUGUCCAUCAACAGCUGAAGGGAUUUGUUUACUGCCAAUUGUGUUCCUUCCCUCCGUCGUUUAAUAGCAUAGACUGGGCAGGUGACUAUUUAUAGUGGUCUCUUUUUCUCAGCCUUCCUUGGUGAGAGUGUCCUAGAAUUCCUGUGGAGCAGGUACCACUGGGCCCCAUUCUGUCAGGCUUCUCUGUGGUCUGGGAAGGUGGGAGACCCCAUGUAUCCACAAUGAGGAGCUGGCUGUGUUCCAGCCCCUGGUCUUGAGUAGAUUAUGGAAGUAAAAAGCUAAAGUAGAAGACAGAGCAGCAUGAGGGAGAUGGAUGAUGGAAGAUGCCCAGAGGGCAGGGCAGCAUGGUACGGGAAGCUGCUGGUUGGGAGGGUUCCCUCUGACUAACAAGAGCUAGAGGUGGGAAGGGAACAGUGCCUACAAAUAAGCCCCUGCCUCGUUCAGCUGAUGCUGCCGCCUUGCUCUCAGGCAGAUGAGGCCUUGGGGCCCCACAUCUGCUGGUGUGCGAUUCACUGAGCAAACAGCACUUUAUGGAAGUUCUUAUUUUGGAAUUCCUGUGUCUAAUGGGAGUGACACUUUUAAAAGCGUGUCACAUUUAGAAAUGUUCUCUUUAUUGCCUGUUAUCUCUUACAUCAAAAUUGAACUGAAACCAUUUCUGCCUUAUAUAUUCUGAGUAGUAGAUGUCCUUCCAUGUCAAGAAAAGACUUGAGACUUAAAGCAAGACAGGCAGGUCUGAGACUCCAUGGGAAUUAAUGGAUGCCAUGGGCGUAAUUCCUCUGGUUUUGAGUCUGUUUCCUGAAAAGCCCUAUCUCACGAGCCCACCCGUACAUUUCUAUGUUGUGAGCAUUGAAAUGGAAGGGGUUUGAGAUCUAAUGGAUCUGACUCAGCGUGAGCAUUUAGAAAAUGCUCCUUUGACUGACAGAUGUCUCCAGAUGGAGAGGACACCCCUGUGAUCCAGCUCUGCUGUCUGCUGUGCUGACAAAGUUCUGUGGAGUCACUGCUGAAAGAUACGAGGUAAACAGGCCAGCUCUGGGUUGAGGCCUUGGCCUGAGCAGUCAGUUAACUGCAUGAGCCACUGUGUCACUGACCUUGCCCCACACCCACUUAUCGCCUUAACCAGACUUGACAGGAUAAUUUAGGGUCCUUAGCUCCACACAUGAUCUAGUCUGUCUUUGGGGUUACCUCCUGCACUUUUUUUCACAAGACAGACAAAACCAAAUCACUAUUGCUAAAUGGCCUUUGCCCCUUUAAAAAGUCUGUUGAACAUUUUUUUUUUCUUGAAGGCCAUUGUCACAGUGCCAGACAAUAGUCAACUCACAAUGUGACAAGGGGAACCACAGAAGUGUCCUCUCCAAGUGGCUGCUGUCGGCUACAGGGUCUUCAGAUUCUCUUGAGGUGGCCAGGGCAAUGCCUAGGGUCUGGUCCAUCUCCCCGAGCUUUGGCUGCUUCACUUGGCUUCUUCAGAGACCAAGGCAAACCGAAGAUAAAUCUUUCUGAGUUCCUAGUAGAAGCUCUGUGUUUAGUUUUCAGGAGCAGGUAGAGGCUAGCAGGCUUGUGGAAGCAAGUUCUGUCCUGUUCUCCCCUUGUCUGCUCCCUGGAGUCAUGGUUUCCUUGUGAAGCUCUUCUGCCAGGGCUUCCAGCCAUUGUCUAACGGGCCCACCCUGAGGUCAGCCUGCUCUCUCUCCCAGACCACAUAAGCCUCCUGUGCUCACUGUGCCUGCCCCAAAGUGCAAUUACUCACAUGCAGUGAGGGCACUGGGUAGCUACAGACUGCCCACUAGGCCCUGACUAUUCUUUUUAGUAACUGCUGCCUCUGAGUCUCUGGUCCUAUCCAUCUGUCUGUGACAUGAUGCUCCAACAGUGGGUGUACAGUCAAAUGAAGACGGAGGCUUUUGUAGAGAAGAGAGCUUACCUCAGUGGCGGUUGUCUCUGCACAGCUGACCAGGGCUUGUACUCCCACCAUGGCAUUCAUGUAGUUCCCUUCAUUUCAGGAAGCCUAAUGGUAUGUCUUCUUUGGCUUCUCUGAUGAACGCUGUCCUUCAGCCUUCUUCCUCUCCCAGCCACCCCUUGCUUCUCCCCCCACCCCACCUCCAGGUUCUCUGAUCUAGAAAACAACUACACAUGGGCGACUCAGUGCAGGAGACUGGCAAGGCAUGGUAUGAAGGUCUGGCAGAGCUCUGGGCUCUUCCAGUCUUCUCUAGUCCUGGGCCUCUGAGUAAUUUGCAGGGCUAUCUGUCUACCCCAUUGCUCCUCACUUUAGCUUAGAUGCAGUGGGAAGAUGGCAUGUAGUUGGACCAAGCAGAUCUGGGAUGAUGCCCCAGGCCAGGAGGGCUUGUGCUUGUGGGUCAAGUGAAGAAGAAGUAGUCUCAGGGUGUCACUGGCCGCCCUCUCUAACUUGGCCUUUACCCCGUAUGUCAUAGACCCGUUCACACAGCUCUGACUUUAGCUGCCACAAGUGAGUAGUUGGGGGUUGUGCUCAAGUGUAUCACAAGAAUUUCCUGGAAAUGUAAGCAUUCUCUUCUUAGUCUAGGUUUCUCUGACUCUCCUUUCUGGUUUCGGUACACUCUUCAGUCAUGUAGGCUUAGUUUCUAAACCUGUGGGUGUGUCCAAGUGGACACAGAUGUGCAGGCUCAGGCAGUUGAGGAUAGGAUAGUUUAAGGCCUUGGGUCAUGUCUAAGUGACAGGAGAGUGAAGGCUGUGUGGGCAGGGUGAAGAUCUUGUGGGUGUGGUUAGAUGCACAUGCAUAUUUGAAAUACUCCGUGUUCAAAUCUGGUUUGAAAUAAUGCAGCUCAAGGAAAGCCCAAAGCGUAGGGAGGUCAAAGGCACUUGUCUGUGGGGAGUGAGCGAUGAAGGCGCGUAACUGGUGCACAUUUAGAUGCAAUGUUUCAAGUUGAUUGUUAAUAAAAACCAAAUUUACACUGGUGUGUGUAGUGUAGUUUCUAAAAAGCACUUCACAUUUUAAAUUUUUCUUGGAAAAUUUCUAGUAAUCUAAAUGUCUAAUUUUUUAAUCUUUUUGUGUAUGUUCAUGUUUCUCAGUAUUACUGCUUGAACGACUCUCUGUACGGGGAUUUGUAUGUGCUAUACACGGGGUGUCUAAAGGUAGCAAUAAAGCCUUUCGUUACAAAGGGA